AUCUCCUCUCUGCUGAACUCCCAGAGGGAGUGUAUGAAUUUCCUCCCGUUCUUUAUCAGAGCCCCCAAAAUAAGUAGGAAUGGGCAGUGACUGUUCACAUUCAGUGUACCUUUUCCCCUUGCUCGCACAGCCUGGCCGAGCGGGGAGGGAGUCGACCCUGCUUGACUCUGGAGAGAGAAGCCACUGAGACGACGACCGAAGGCCACCAUGGAGCUGCUGCAAGUCACCGUUCUUUUCCUUCUUCUGUCCAGUCUCUGCAACAGUGAAAACAACACAGAUGUUAGAGCUACUCCUCCUAUGUUACCAUCAGUGGUUUCUUCAACAAUAGCAUCUGCAACAAUGCUAAGCACAGUACCAUCACCAAAUACUGUUACCACAUCAACAUCGCCUAAAGGAGCAACCAGCAGUGGAUUAUCAAAUUCAUCUCUGAUGUCAACAGUUUCUUCAUUCAUAACGGUUAAAAGUGAAGGGGCCACAGCCAAUGGUGUCUUGAAGAAUGAGCCCACCACCACAAAUACAGCAGUGCCAAAUCCUCCACACGCUACUGCUGCCUCAACGUCACAAAGUUUCCAACACGAGACUGAGAAUCAGAGUUCAAUCAAAACAACAAAAAUAACAGGUAACACUCCACAACCAGAUACAUCGCCUUCUAGAGCCAGCACACUCCCCUCAAUAUCAACUAUAAGUACAGAGAGCAUCUUGCAGUCUCAAGGCACUGAAGGUGGAAAAAACGCAAGCUCUGCAUCAACCAGCCCCUCUUAUUCCAGUAUUAUUUUGCCGGUGGUUAUUGCUCUGAUUGUAAUAACACUUUCAGUAUUUGCUCUGGUGGGUUUGUAUCGGAUGUGCUGGAAGACAGACCCAGGCACGCCGGAAAAUGGAAAUGAUCAACCUCAGUCCGAUAAGGAGAGUGUGAAGCUUCUCACUGUUAAGACAAUUUCUCAUGAGUCUGGUGAGCACUCUGCACACGGCAAAACCAAGAACUGACAGCUCGGUGAAUCCUCCCCACACCUCGGCAAUGAAUAUGCUUCAUCUUCAGCUUCUCUGUCCCAAGGCUGGAAAGGGGGAAAGCUCCUGGGAUCCUCCCUGACUGCCAGUCCCGCCGCCAGUCUGCACCAGUCACUGUCCCAAUAACGUGAUGUCCAGCGGACGUGCCAUCCUUCGGCAGAACCAAAAAGAAUCCUGGGCCUCUCUAGUCUUUUGAGACUUAAAAUGCACAUUUCUUCAUUUUAUAGAGACAUUCCUAGGAAAGCGAUUUUUACGGGGGGGGGGGGCAUUUGGAAGCCGGGAACCCGACAGCCCAUGCAGGUGGACUCACUAGAGGCACGCCCUGCCCUGGAGUUUAAAGUUCCCGGGGCUGCCAAUUUUUAUCCAUGAAGAUUUUCCUACUUUCUGGGUGUUCUUAUAUAACUAGUGUCUGUAUUUAUUGUUUUCCACUAUGUUAAUGCAGGGAAAAUUUGCAAGUAUGUUAUUAAACAUUAGGUUGAAAUCUGA